CCACCGGAAAUGAAGUAAAACACGUUUAGGCCACUGUUUACAUUUUUUUGUGGUUGUUUUAUUUGUUGUAGAUCUAUUAUUUCUAUAUCUAGAUCUAUAUACUAUAUAGAGUCUAGAAAUAAUCUUGAUCUUAAAAUACUUUGUUGUGAGGCUUUCAUAGUCAUGGGGCUCACCAAACAAUAUUUGAGAGUUUGCCCUGGCCCUGUUUUUGGUGUGGUAGCUAGCCAACGCUCCAACAUUAUCAGCCUGCCUGGAAGAAAAGAAAAGUCAUCCAGAUGUGUUGUUGGUGCUUGUGAAAAUGUUUACAUUUAUGAUCUAACAACUAAAGAAAAAGUAUUGACUCUUGCUGGUGAGAAGUUUGAAGUCACCUCCUUAGCUAAAAGUCCUAAAUCUGAACACUUAGCUGUGGGCUACAUGGAUGGCAGUAUUCGUGUCUUCAAUAUGGACACAUGCCAGUGUGAAGUCACUUUUCAGGGUCACAAAUCUGCUGUGACUACUUUAUCCUAUGAUACAGAUGGACUGAGAUUAGUUUCUGGAUCAAAAGACACUGAUGUGAUUGUCUGGGAUGUUGUCAGUGAGUCAGGUUUGUACAGACUGAAAGGACACAAGAUGGAGAUAACUCAAGUUUUGUUUCUGAAAAACAGAGAUAUACUUGUAUCUAGUUCUAAAGACACAUUUAUAAAAUUCUGGGAUUUAAAAACGCAGCAUUGUUUCUACACUGUAGUUGGUCACAGAACAGAAGUUUAUGGAUUUCUUCUGUUGCGAAAUGAAACAAGACUGGUGUCUGGAUCAGCGGAUAGCGAACUCAGGGUUUGGGAAAUAAACUAUUUGGAAUCUCAGGAACAAGAAAUGGAGGUUUCUGAAAGCACUUCAGGGCCUCCUGUCAAAAAGCCAAAGUUGACUGAAGAAGAUGAAAGUAGUUCUGAUGAAAGAGAUGAGACUGAGAAAGCAGAAGAUGAAGCAAUGAAAAUCUUAACUUGCAAGAAACUUGGUUCAGUGAUGAGACAGGGAAGGUCAAGGCUAGUUACAAUGUGCACUGACCCUGAAGAAAAACUUUUAUUUUGUCAUGGAAAUGACAAAAAUUUGGAAGUGUUUGCGUUACCAAGUGAUGAUGAGUUGAACAAACUUAUAGCCAAGAGAAUAAAAAAAUUAAGGAAGAAACAUUUAGAGUCAGGUGCUGAGGUGGACACCAGCAAUGUCAGACUUCAACUGAAUGACGAAAUGAAACAUUUACAGACGUUCCGUUUCUCAUCUAAGCUCUGGUCAGUCCACAUUUGUUCCGAUACUGGACAUGACCUGCGUUUUAGUGCACUGUUUGCAAACAACAAACUAGAGACUGGGACAUUCACUUAUGCUAAGCAUGAAAUCAGUUUAAACAAUGUUGUGGCUUACACACAUACUGGACACCGUUCUGAUGUUAGAACUUUAGGAUUCAGUUCGGACAAUUUUAUGAUUCUGUCUGCCAGCUCUGAGGAGGCCAAGUUGUGGAACAGAGAUACUCAACAAUGUAUUCGCACAUUUCAAUGUGACUAUGCUCUGUGCAAUAUGUUUGCAGCUAACGACAAGCAUGUUAUUAUAGGAACUAAGACAGGCAAACUACAGUUAUUUGAUAUUGAUGGAGGCAUAAUGUUGCAUUCUUUUGAAGCCCACCAAGGAGCUGUUUGGUCUGUGGCCCCAAUGCCAGAUAAGAGAGGGCUUGUAUCUGGAGGUGCUGACCAUGAGGUCAAGUUCUGGAAUUAUGAACUUACCAUGGAUUCACAAUCUAAAAGGAAAGUUUUGUCUCUCGAGCACACAAGGACAUUGAAGAUGGAUGAGGAUGUUCUCUGUGUCAAGUUUACACCUGACCAAAAAUUGCUGGCCUUGGCCUUGUUGGACAGUACAGUCAAGAUUUUUUUUACAGAUACUUUGAAGUUUUUUAAUUCCCUGUAUGGUCAUAAGUUGCCUGUGGUGUGUAUGGAUAUAUCAUAUGACAGCACUUUAAUUGUCACAGGCUCUGCAGACAGAAACAUCAAAAUCUGGGGAUUAGAUUUUGGGGACUGCCACAAAUCUAUAUUUGCUCAUGAUGAAAGUGUGACCUGCAUUUCCUUUGUUCCCAAAACUCACCUCUUCUACUCAGGAGGUAAAGACAGGAAGAUCAAACAGUGGGAUGCAGAUAACUUUGAGAACAUCCAGACCCUUGUGGGUCAUCAUGGUGAAAUUAGAAGUCUGGCCAUCAGCCCAUCUGGGAAUACUGUGGUCACUGCCUCUAGUGACAAGAGUCUCAGGAUAUGGGAGAAGACGGAGGAGCCCCUCGUCCUAGAGGAGGAGAGAGAGAUGGAGAGAGAGAAACUGGAGGAUGAGGCUCUGUUACAAACUGGAGAAGUUGUACCUGGUGAGACUACAGAAGAAGUCAAAAUGGCUGGAAAGAAAACACUAGAAAGUAUUAAAGGGACAGAGAAAAUAAUGGAAGCUCUAGAAAUUUAUGAAACUCAGUUGGAAGCAAUCCAGCAAGCAAAGACAAAGAAGUCUGCCCCACCAGCCCCCCAUCCUAUGAUGAUGGCUUAUCAGAGUGAAACUCCAGUUGAUUUUGUUCUAGAAACUAUCAGGCGCAUUCGUGCCAGUGAAUUGAUGGGUUCAUUAUUGGCCUUACCAUUUUCUGAUGUUUCUAAACUGUUGCCUAUUCUGGACAUUUGUUUGUCACAGCAGAGAGAAACUGAGCUUAUGUCCAAGUGUGUCAACUUCUUGCUCAAGAUACAUCAAGGGGAAAUAACUUCCAACCCAAGUCAAGCCAAGAUUCUAGAUAAAUUAAAAGAUCAUACAGUGCAGGCUGUUAAAAAACAAAGGGAUCUAACUGCAUUUAAUGCUGCAGGUUUGGCGUUCAUGAAAAAAUAUGUUGAAGAGAAUAAAGGAAUCAAAAUGUUUGCUGACGCUACAGUCAAAAGGAAAAAAAAGAAACGUGCGGUUUUAGCAAUUCAUUAAAAAUAUUUGAUCCCA